AUGGCGGACAAGACCACCGAGGAGAACCAGGCCUCUGCCAACGCCGAAGGCCAGGCCAGCGGCAACAUCGGCGCAGAGGGCUCCAGCAAGAAGCAAACCGAGAAGAAGACGCCAAAGAAGCUAGGCAAGAAGCAGCCCGAGCCCCAGCAGCAACCCACUCCGGAAGAAUCGCCCGAUUCUGACGCGGACGCUGAGGAGCAAGAGCCCGAGCCCGAGCCUGCGCGCAGGCAAUCCAGACGCCGUCAGUCUCGUGGCCGUGGCCGCAAGGGCGUGCCCGAUAGCGACACCGAGUCCGUUACCCGCUCCGACGUCUCCGCUUCGGGUGGCCGCCGCAACCGCCAGCGCCAGAGGCAGAAGGGUCAGCAGAAGCAAGGCGGCGGCGGUCCCCUCGACGACAUCACCGAGAACGUGCCCGGAGGCGAGUUGGUCGGCGGCGCAGGUGACAUGGUUCAGAACACAGCAGGCAACGCUGUCAAUCAAGUCGGCGACACGGCCGGCAAAGCCCUGGGCGGCUUGACCGGCGGCGGCGGCGGGAAAGAGGAAGAAGGGGAAGACUCAAAGGGCGAGCAGCUCCGGCUCCGCCUGGAACUCAACCUGGACAUCGAAGUGCAACUCAAGGCCAAGAUCCACGGUGACCUAACUCUGGGUCUUCUGAACUGA